AUGGCACAAAGAGCAUCGAUAAAGAUCUCAAAGGAUCUAAUUCCAGUGAAGCACGUCUCGAGGGCGAUCAAAAACUCUGACUGCCGCACUCCGAUCAUUUUCAUCAUGGAAGAUGAGGAUCCCUUCGUUUCGGUUUACGCGAUGGCCACCCAGCAGGACUCCGCGGUUUGGGUGUUCGACCUCGCGCAGAACAAAAGCAAGCAAAACAUCAUGGAUUACAUAGAUGUCAGCGUCAAUAAUGGAGACUGGGUUUACCUGCAGAACUGCAAUACCGUCGAUGAGACUUUUUUCCGUGAAGUGACGCGGUUUAUCUACCAUCUAAAACCAGAGCCGAAGCGCUUCCCCCGCAGGGAGUUAUUCCGCUGCUUUUUCUGCGUCCAAAAGGCGUUCGAUCCGAAUGGGCCUUCCGUUAAGCCGUUUCCGCUGCUGCUGCUGCAAAUUUCGAUCAUCGCACGGAAGGUCUCGGGCGUCCCGAAAUGGACGCGUAUACUCCCUGCAAACGUGAACAUGUUCUCCGAGAUUCAGCGCAAGCGACAGAUCCGCCGCAAUCAAGGUCGCGAUAGCGAUAGCGAAAGCGACAUCGACGUCGAGUACCCAAUCUCCGGGAAGAUCUUCUACCGCUCUACUGAACUGGAUAACGACUACGUCAGCUCACCGCUAUUUACCGAGAAGCAAAUCAUGGAGAAGGCAAUUCGUGAGGAGGAUCUGGCGACGAUACGAGAGCAGGUGACUUCGUUGAAGGUGGACUUGGAAAGCGAGUUGUGCGAGGGUAUGACACCUCUGCAGCUGGCCUGCGUAUUGGAGCGUACGGAAUCCGUAAAGACGCUUUUAGAAUUAAAUGCGGAUCCAAAUCGACCCCGUUUGACUGAUGGUCGUCCACCUCUUUUUAUGUGCAUCGAUGACGUCAAGCUGGCGGAGGCACUCGUCGAUGCGGGGGCGGAUUUAUUCGCAAAAUUUGAGGGUUUUCGCGCGGAUUCGCAUCCGGAUACCGCGCCGGACGUUGCAGCGUACUUACGGAAGGAACGAACGCAAGUGUGGAGCAAAAAGUAA